CCACAACGUGAUGUCACUUAUCCAGUACAUCCAACAUCACAAGCAUCUGCAUUAGCAUGGCAUCCAGAGAAAUUGCUAUUAGCAUCGGGUUGGGAAAAUGGUGAUAUACAUGUUUGGUUUGCGGGACAUCGUGAAUUCGCUAGUGUGUAUGGUCCACAUAAAGCGCCUAUUAUAUUGCUGGAGUUUAGUGAACAGGGUGGCAGAAUGGUAACUGGAGAUGCUAUGGGUCUACUAACUGGUUGGCGUUGUGAUGGACAAUAUCAAUUCUUGACUAUGUUCUCACAUGAUUUGCGUGAUAUCUUAUUGCAUGUUACUUUUCGGAGGACGAUCGAGAGUGAAGUGCGUGAGGAAAUGAUAAAUUUAGCUAAGGCCGCAGUAGCGGGCGAUGAGAAUGCUCUGGACACUCUCACUAAUUGGCGACCACGUACAGCUGCUCGGAAUUUAACACAUGCUGUUGUUAAAGACAAUCAUUGUUUCUAUGUUGGCACACAAAAAGGAGUAAUGUAUUAUAUUAAUCAAGCUGGCACAUGUACUGAAGUGAUACAUAAAACGAGUUCUGUACCGCGGAUUAUGCAAAUUUUAUGGCAUCCUAAAAAAGAUGCGGUUAUAUGUUUGAUGGAUGAUAUGACUGUCACCUUGUACUUAGUUGAGUCUACUGGUAUACUUACAGAGUUAGAUCGAGUUAAAAUGAGUAGCCGUGUAGCUGGAAAGUAUGGUGCCAUAAGUUGGGCUGGUAAUAGCUUAGCAAUUAUUACAGGAGAUUUUACAGUUCGUAUAUGGGAUAUAGAAAAGAGUGAUAACUAUCUGCUUAAAAUGGAUUUACCCACUUCAUCAUCUUCGACGGAUUUAAACAGCAGCACAAAAUCUGAUUUAUUUAGUCCUGAUAUGGAGAGUUCUUCUUCACAUUUGGGUGCGAUUUUUUCUAAUAAUAGAAAGCACCCAAAAACACCGCAAACAAGUAAUGAAGCAUUUACUUGUAUAGCUUAUAGUUCGGGUAGUCAAACAAUAUGCGCUGGGACUAAUCAUGGUAAUGUCUACACUUGGCGUCGUAGUGUUAAUUAUUUUACAAAUAACCCAGAAGACAGCUGGCAAUUGACCAAUAUAUCCACAGUAAGAGGCGCUGUAAAAGAAUGUUUUUGGGGUUUUAAUGAACUAGCCAAACCAUGUAUGCUUAUCAAUUGUGUGUCUAAUGUAUUUGUACUUAAGGAGCAACCUCUUUUGUCGUAUCAUACACGAGACCUUUGGGCUAUACAACGUAAUGCUAAAACCAUUUUUUUGGAGCAUUCAAGUGGGAAGAAUUGCACAGUGCAGUCGGAGUUUGUUAUCACUGCUCUGGCAUUAAGUCAAAUUUAUUUAAUUAUUAGUAAUGGACGUACCAUAUCUACAUAUAGUAUUGAGAAAAUUGAAAAACCCGAUGAAUACGCUGAUGACAUUGAUAGCGUCACUACUGAAACAGCAAGUAGUGCGAAGAAUACUCCUUUGACGGUGAAACUGAUGCAAACUUUUAAUGCGGAAUGUAUAAUAAUUUUCAUACAGAAUCAAAAUAUAUUUUGUCUUACAUCCAGUGAUGUUGUUAUAUAUUCUAUUGGAGGAGUCGUCUUGAAUAAACUACAAGGAAAUGAUAAUGAAGGUAAAAUUAUUGGUAUGGACCUCACCGGCAGCUAUUUAAGUACUUUCACAAUGAAUGGUUUCAUUAAAUGUUACGAUGUUUCACGACAUGACCCGAAACUUUUAUUUCCCGGUAAAUCAGGUUAUGAUUUCUUAGAUGAUUUUGGAGAAUUUAUUAUAGUUAAAUGUAAUAGUAUUGGAACGCAUUUAGCGAUAAUAAUAGCAAAUAGAAGUUUUGCACCGAAACCAAUUUUAUACUGUUGGGAUUUUGAGAGAAAUAAUUUGAUGUCCUAUGCUUUAGCAAAUGGUAUAGACGAAAAUAAAUCCAGUUUACCUUUAAGUGUUUUUUGGGACACUGAUGAAGCGCGCCUAUUGGCUAUAGAAAUAAAGACCGUUGAACAGAAAAAAUACCGAGAUACCGCGACAAACCGAAAUAUAUAUUCACCGAAUGAAAAAAGUGGUUAUCGUAGCCAUUGUAUUGAAUCGCAAGUUCUUGUAAUGUUCUACACCGAGCAAGGAAAACUUAACAUUUUGGAAGCGCGUGCUUUAGCAUCGGGAGAACAACUUAUUAACCUUUGUGUACCGCAUGUGAUUUCGUUGGAUAUAAAUCUAGUUAAGAGUAAGCCAUUGCAGGAUUUUAUUGAUUUAAAAAAUUGCGAUGCGAAUACCAGGAAACUUGUGUUGAACUUUAGUUUACAUGUAGCAGAAGGUAAUAUGGAUUUAGCAUACCGGUGUAUACGUUCAAUACAGUCUAAAACGAUAUGGACCAAUUUGGCUAAGAUGUGUGUAAAAACAAGCCGUUUGGAUGUAUCAUUGGUAUGCUUGGGACAUUUAGAAAUGGCACGCUCAGUACGUGCAGUGCGACAAGCAAUGGAAGAUAAUGAUUUAGAACAAGAAGCUAAACUUGCCGUAUUAGCUAUAGAGCUUGGCAUGUACGACAAGGCGCAGGAGUUGUACAAAAGUUGUGGACGAAUGGAUUUGCUUAACAAGCUAUUACGAUACAGUGGACAAAUAAAUGAGGCCUUAAAAUUAGCUGAAACAGUGGAUCGUAUACAUUUAAAGAACACCUAUUAUUAUAAAGCGCAAAUUUUGAAGGAAAGCGGUGACAUCAAAGGCGCUAUAGAAUAUUUUGAAAAAACACAAAAUCCAGUACAAAAUAUUACACAAAUGUUGUUAGAAGAUCCAUUGGCGUUGAAACGUUAUAUGCAGAAUACCACUGAUCCUAAGAUGCUUAAAUGGUGGGGUCAAUAUGUAGAGAGUUCUGGAGAUAUGGAUGCUGCUUUAGCUAUUUAUCAAAAAGCUGAGGAUUGGUUUUCGCAGGUGAAAAUUCUCUGCUAUUUGGGUAAAAUUUCUAAAGCCGAUACGAUUGCUCGUCAGUCUGGGGAUCGUGCAGCCUGUUAUCAUUUGGCGCGCCAUUAUGAAAAUGUUGGAAAAUUUCAGGAAGCCAUUAUGUUCUACACUAGAGCACAAACUUUUAGCAAUGCUAUACGCAUAUGUAAAGAAAACGAUUUUCAAGAUGAACUCUGGACUGUGGCCAGUUCAUCGCGUAAUCGUGAUAAAGCAAUUGCUGCAGCUUAUUUCGAGGAAUGUGGUUCUUUCAAACGUGCUGUAGAACUAUAUCAUCGCGCUGGUAUGUUACACAAAGCACUUGAAAUGGCUUUUGAAUCAGAGCAACCAGAAAUUUUAGAGAUAAUUGCUUCUGAAUUGACUAUUGAUUCCGAUUCGGAUCUAAUUAAACGUUGCGCUGAGUUUUUCAUUAAUAUAGAACAAUAUCAGAAAGCUGUGCAUUUACUAGCAAAAACAAAACUAUUAAAGCAAGCAAUAAAUAUUUGCCAUGACAAGGGUGUACCUAUCACAGAAGAUCUUGCAGAGAUGUUAACACCAAAUAAAAAUGAAUUUGAUAGUGAAACGCGAAUAUAUAUUUUGACCCAAUUAGGAGAAUUACUCCAACAACAAGGUGAUUAUCACGCAGCCACUAAAAAGUUCACUCAAGCUGGUGAUAAGGUCCGAGGUAUGAAAUGUUUGCUAAAGUCCGGAAAUACAGAAAAAAUUAUAUUUUUUGCAAAUAUGUCACGUCAACGAGAAGUCUACAUUAUGGCAGCGAAUUAUUUGCAAGCACUUAACUGGCAGGAGGAUGCAAACGUGCUGAAGCAUAUUGUAACAUUCUAUUCCAAAGGACAAGCCUUCGACUCUUUAGCUAAUUUUUAUGCUAUUUGUGCACAAAUUGAAAUCGAGGAAUAUCAUGAUUAUGAUAAGGCGCUAAAAGCAAUGCAUGAGGCUGCGAAAUGCUUGGAUAAACUUGGGCAUUCACAGCAGGCCUUGAAUAAUUUGCAGCGUGCUAUCACAGAUGUUAAAACUAUACUUGAUAUACAAAACUCUUUGCAUAAUGGUGAUAAUCAAGCUGUAAUAUCUGGUUGCAGAAAUAUGUUAAUAAAACCGGAAAUGCCGCCAAUAAAACAAGCUGAUAUACUUGCUAUGUUAAUAAAAUCUCUAAGUUAUACAAAGCAAUACAAUGAAGCUGGUCGCGCUUUAAAAGAACUAGCAACUCGUGAAACUUCUUGGAGUUCUAUUGGUUUGUUGGAUAAGGCUCUGGUGCAAAAAAUUGCAGCAGAAUGCAAUUUAGAUUUUGAUCUAAUAUGGAAUUCGGGUCGAUCGAAAACAGUGACGACAACUAGUGAAAGUGGCGAUGAAGGGGAAGAUGAAAUACAAGAGGAAUUACAUUAAAUUAUAUUUUAAAAACUAAAUAAGAUCAUGUUACGAGUCAAUUACGGUUUUAAAACUUUUAUGAAAACUUAAUCAACUCCGAAUUGUAA